AUGGCAUACGUUGCGGUUGACUCUCACCUAACGGUGCAAAAGUAUACCCCGGACUGGGAGUCGCUCGACAAGAGACCAUUGCCCACAUGGAAAUACUGGAAAGAUGUGAAAAGGAAAGACAUCGUAGACUUCAUGGCAAAGAACUAUAGGCCGGGCUUUACUUAUGCCGAUUUUGCCGCUCAGUUCACGGCUGAGUUUUAUGACCCCAAACAAUGGGCUGAUAUUUUCAAAGCAUCGGGUGCUAAGUAUGUGGUGCUGACGACCAAACAUCACGAAGGCUUCACAUUAUGGCCAUCGAAGGUGUCCUAUAACUGGAAUGCUAUGGAUGUCGGACCCAAUCGGGAUUUAGUCGGUGAUUUGGCGAUUGCCGUGAAGGGGGCCGGUCUUCACUUCGGUGUUUAUCACUCACUGUUUGAAUGGUUUAAUCCUUAUUUCCUAAAGGACCAAGCUAACAAUUUUACGACCAAUGACUUCACUAAAACAAAAACUCGUCCAGAAUUGGAGGAAUUGGUUAAAACAUACAAACCUGAUGUGAUUUGGUCUGAUGGUGAUGCUGGUGCUCCCCCGGAAUACUGGCAAACUCAACAAUUUUUGGCCUGGCUGUAUAACGACAGCCCCGUUAAGGAUACUAUUGUAGUCAAUGAUCGAUGGGGAAAGGGGACUAAUGGCAAGCAUGGUGAUUUCUUCAACUAUGCCGACAGGUAUAACCCGGGAGUCUUACUUAAGCACAAGUGGGAAAAUGCCAUGACUAUAGACAAGUAUACGUGGGGUUAUAGACGUAAUGCUCAACUCUCGGACUACUUGACUACACAUCAAUUGCUCACUACUAUGGCUCAGACUAUAAGUUGUGGUGGAAAUAUCCUGAUAAACGUCGGGCCGACACACGACGGCGUUAUUAAACCGAUAUUUGAGGACAGAUUACGUGAUUUGGGGCACUGGCUGUCCGUGAAUGGGGAGGCCAUCUAUGAAAGCAAACCCUGGAAACACCAAAACGAUACGACAACUAAAGAUAUUUGGUAUACACUGAAAGACAAAACUGUUUACUCAAUAGUGUUGUAUUGGCCUAAAGGUAAUGAACUGACUCUGGGAUCACUCAACCACUCGACUGUCGGUGCCGUCGAGUUAUUGGGAGAAAAGGGUGAAUUGAAAUUCACUGCCGGCUCCGGUACCUCAACAGUCAUUACCCUUAUAUAUGGCUUCAGUGGUGAGGAGGCGCCCAAAUAUACACCGGACUGGAAGUCACUGGACUCUCGUCCAUUGCCCGCAUGGUACCGAUGGAAAGUUGCAAAAGAAUAUCAGGACUAUUUUGGUAAAUAUGAAAAACCGGGGAUCACUUACCAGGACUUUGCCAAUCGGUUCACCACUGAAUUCUUUGACCCAAAUAAAUGGGCCGAAAUUCUUAAGGCAUCGGGUGCUAAGUAUUUCGUGUUAACCACUAAACAUCACGAGGGUUUCACAUUGUGGCCCUCAAACUACUCGUGGGGCUGGAAUGCUAUGGAUCUCGGAUCACACCGGGAUUUAGUAGGUGAACUAUCAACGGCUGUACGUAAACAGGGUCUCCGGUUCGGUACAUAUCACUCACUCGCUGAAUGGUUUCAUCCCUUAUAUCUCAAAGACAAGGGAAACAAAUGGCUAACCAAUGAGUUUAAUAAGAUCAGUCCAGAAAUGGUAGAACUCGUGAAUCUAUAUAAACCGGACAUAAUCUGGUCUGACGGUACCUUUGAUGGCGCACCUGAUACUUACUGGAAUAGCACUGAAUUUUUGGCCUGGCUAUAUAACGAUAGUCCAGUAAAGGAUGAGGUGAUAGUGAAUGACAGAUGGGGCGGUUGGACAGAAUGUAAGCAUGGUGGCUUUUAUAACUGUAAAGACCGGUUCCUUCCAGAUGUGGUUCAGCCCCACAAAUGGGAAAACGCACUGUCCGUAGAUCACGGGGGAUGGAGUUAUACCAAGAUGUUUGGGUUCAAAGAUUAUAUGACCACAUAUGAGCUCAUCUCACAAAUGGCACAAACCAUUAGGUAUACAAAGAAAGACAAAACUGUUUACUCGAUUGUAUUGUUUUGGCCCAAGAAUUAUGAGCUGGAGUUGGGAUCCGUUGACUUUAAAACUGUUCAGUCGAUACAACUUCUGGGAGCGACCGUGGUCCACGUAUUGAGUGCACCCAAUGCUACGAAACCCGGUGCCCGAUAUGACCCCACGUGGGCCUCCAUAGACAAGCGUCCCAUUCCGGACUGGUAUGACGAGGCAAAAGUGGGUAUUUUCCUACAUUGGGGUCUUUUCUCUGUGCCCUCUUUCGGGGACGAGUGGUUUUGCGUUGGAAAACUGAAAAAAAGGAAGGACUUCGAAGAUUUCAUGAGCAAAAACUACCCUGCCAACUUUAAGUACGAGGACUUUGCCCCUCUGUUCACGGCUGAAUUCUUUGAACCAAACCAUUGGGCGGAUGUCUUCAAGGCAUCGGGUGCUAAAUAUGUGGUGAUGACUACCAAACACCACGAGGGCUACACAAUGUACCCCUCGAAGUACUCGCCCAAAUGGAAUGCCAUGGAGGUCGGACCCAAACGGGACUUACUCGGUGACUUACAAAAGGCUGUGAAAGGGGCGGGACUUAAGUUCGGUACCUAUCACUCACUGAUGGAGUGGUUUAACCCACUGUUCAUUAAGGACGCGGACAGUGGACACAAAACACAAUUAUUUGUUGACCCAGAGUUGCGUGAAUUAGUGAACAACUAUAAGCCGGAUAUAAUCUGGUCGGACGGUAAUGGAGGCGGAGAUCCCAAGUACUGGAAGAGUGAGGAGUUCUUGGCCUGGCUUUACACCGAUAGUCCCGUUAAGGAUACUGUUGUUGUGAAUGACAGAUGGGGCGAGGGCUCCGAUGGACAUCAUGGAGACUUCUAUAAUUUUAAUGACAGAUUUAACCCUGGUGUUUUAGUGCCACACAAAUGGGAACAUAUCAGAUCGCUUACCGGCUCGUGGGGUUACGUACGUAAUCUCCAUAUAGAUGCUUAUUUAAAACCAUUGGAAAUGAUCACAGAAAUGAUCAUGGCCAUUAGUUGUGGGGGAAACAUGAUGUUCAAUAUCGGGCCCACAAAGGAGGGCACCAUUAUUCCCGUUUUCGAGGAACGGCUACGAGGACUGGGAGAUUGGCUCAGAGUGAAUGGCGAAGCCAUAUAUAGCAGCCAUCCCUGGACUCAUCAAAACGAUACGACAACUAAAGGCGUUUGGUAUACACAUAAAGACAAAGCUGUUUACGCGACGGUAUUGUUUUGGCCCAACAAUAAUGAGGUGGAGUUGGGAUCAGUUGCACACAACUCGGUUAAUAACAUCCAAAUGUUGGGAGUGGACGGCAACCUCAACCACCGGGCAGGUGGUGGUGACCAUACUAUUGUUACCUUCCCUCACAUAGCUUAUGAUAUGGUCCACGUAUUGAGUGCACCCAAUGCUACGAAACCCGGCGCCCGAUAUGACCCCACGUGGGCCUCCAUAGACAAGCGUCCCAUUCCGGGCUGGUAUGACGAGGCAAAGAUC